CACCGCGCGACAAUUUGUACGCAGAAUAAAAGCCAUUCCUCUUUCUGAGGGCAGCUGAAUAAUUUCUAUCUUUUUUAAACCUAAAUAGAAGCGAUUCGCUUCACCGAUAAGUCUUCAGAUAUCAUCUUUUGCUAAUCAAAGGCGUGAGCUUUAAUUGUAGUGUAAUCAUCCAGUGAAACAAGUGCGUUAAACAGAUAGUUUCGGAGCGGUAGAAAAAUAAAAUGCCUGCCAAAGAACGAAAUAUUGCCAUGAUGGGCUACCGAUCUGUAGGAAAAUCUUCGCUAAGUAUUCAGUUUGUGGAAGGCCAGUUUGUAGAUUCCUACGAUCCGACCAUCGAAAAUACUUUCUCCAAAGUAACACGCGUCAAUUCCACCGACUACGAAGUGAAACUGGUUGAUACUGCCGGUCAGGAUGAGUACAGCAUAUUUCCUGCUCAAUACAGCAUGGACUUCCAUGGGUACGUUCUGGUCUACUCAAUCACCAGCCAAAAGUCGUUUGAGGUGAUCCAGAUUAUCUACGAAAAGCUGCUUGAUGUCAUGGGAAAGGCUUAUGUUCCAGUAGUGUUAGUUGGCAAUAAAACGGAUCUGCAUCAAGAGCGAGCUGUUUCCACUGAAGAUGGACGGAAGCUGGCCGAAUCGUGGAAGGCGCAAUUCCUUGAGACAUCCGCAAAACAAAACGAGUCAGUGGCCGAUAUAUUCCACUUAUUGCUACAACAAAUUGAACGAGACAACGGAAACACUAGCGAAAAGAGUAGUUGCAUCAUUUCGUGAAUUGUCUGCGGGGAAGCGAGGUCUAUCCACAAACUUUUACUUCCACAGCAUCACCAUCAGUAUCAUCAUCACUGCCUCCGCGCUCAUUAAUGCAUACUAUCGUGUCUAAUGUUGAACUUAGUUGCUCCUACUUCUAUACUAUUGCUAUUCCACCUACUAGUAUCAUUGCAAUUGUACAAGAAAGACAUAAGCAAUGUUUUUAUUUACAAAGAUCGAGAUGUAUUGAAGGUUGUAAGGCCUCGAAGCUGUGAGCUUGUGUGACAGGGAAAAAACUAUCACAGCAUCCGUUUCAACCUGAGAAUCUGGUGAUAGGUUGAUAAUCGUUGAGGACAUAUAAAAGGAAACGCGUGUGUGAAUGUUUUAUAAUUAAAACCAACGUUUUAUCAUUUCGAAAGCAAAGGAAGAAGUAUCGCGAAUGUAUGAUAAAAAGAAUGCGGAAUAAUAUGGAAGUAUAUUUUAAACUGUACCUUACAACUCUUUAAUGAAACAAAUAAAAAUAAAAGUUAGAAUAUUAGAACAAGUGAAUAAAUUCACGGACACUGAACCGAAAGAUGAACUAAACGACGGGUAGGAUUUACUCGUAGCUAGGGAGUUUGCAUUGUGCGAAACAGCCAGCAAGAGGAUACGGAGGGAUUUCUUUAUUUUUCUAACAAUUUUGUUUGGCGCUGUCUCUGCUGGCCGAAAGAGACAGAGAAAAAACGGAAAGUGUGUGCGCAAUAUGCAUCGACAGAAUACUAGCAAUUAAUAACAAAAUAUACACCUUAGAGGUAAAUCAAUUGUAACAAACUGUAUAGUCAAAUCUAGAACGAACCCAAAAGCACACCGAUAUCGGGCACUUUUUCCGUGAUUAGUAAAGCCUAAGUGAAACUACUAUGUCGUCUUUCAAAAAUCCGCAGCAACUCACCGUAGGUUCGUAUUCGCAGUUCGAUGGUCAAGUGAUUGAGUUUAUUUUUACUGCGAUAUGUUAAGUUCGAUAAGUUGCUAUCACUUCAAAAGCACGAAAUGCAGCAACCGUUAUCGACAAAGUUUUAUAAGUAGUAUAGAUUUAGUUGGAUUACGCAAAGCCAUUCAAAAAAAAAAGUACAGUACAGAAAUACAAAAUAUGCUUGUUUGUUUCAUUCAAGCAAUUACACUAAGCACAGCAACAAAAAAUACAUAGGUGUACUUUUUUUAACCUCUAGUGUAGCUUUAGAACGUUAGCUUUAUAGCCCUCAGCGAGAUUACUUUGAACAUCAUUACCCGUUCAGGCGCAAGUGAAUGAAAAAAUAAAACAAAUACUGUGAAA